UUCCCUGCGAAGCGGCCUCUGGGGCAGAAGGAGGUGGAGGCGGCGACGGCCGUUGCAGCGGCGGCGGCGGCGGCGGCGGGAGCGGCGGGAGCCCGGGGCGGCGACGGCGCUCGCGGCCCAUCUCAGGGCCGGAGCGGUGCUCCUCGGCUUGUACCUGGAAUCCGGCGGGGACGUCGACGUGCCUCUGUUUUCCUUUCCUGGGAGGCGGGAGUGAGCAAAAAAAAAAAAAAAAAAAAAAAGGCUUUAGGGCCCAGGGGGCGGGGAAGGGGGGCCGGGCCUGGAUCCGGCUGGGAGGCCGAUCCCGAGGCCGGAGACUGUGGCUCGCGCCGUCCCGGGGACGCGGAUCGAACGUCGGCGGCCCCGACCGAACGUCGGCGGCGGGUGUGAGGCAGGGGCCUGGCGGGGCGCGCGCGGGGGGUCAUGGCGUCUGUGCAGGCGUCCCGCCGCCAGUGGUGCUACCUGUGCGACCUGCCCAAGAUGCCGUGGGCUAUGGUGUGGGAUUUCAGCGAGGCCGUGUGCCGAGGCUGCGUGAAUUUCGAGGGCGCGGACCGUAUCGAGUUGCUCAUCGACGCUGCCCGCCAGCUCAAACGCAGCCACGUGCUUCCCGAGGGUCGCUCGCCCGGGCCCCCGGCCCUCAAGCACCCGACCACCAAGGACCUGGCCGCGGCGGGCGCACAGGGGUCGCAACUGCCUCCUCCGCAGGCCCAGCCCCAGCCGUCGGGGACCAGUGGUGGCGUCUCGGGCCCGGACCGCUAUGACAGAGCCACAUCGUCGGGCCGCCUCCCUCUGCCCUCUCCCGCCCUGGAGUACACGCUGGGGUCCCGCCUGGCCAAUGGGCUGGGCCGCGAGGAGGCCGUGGCGGAAGGGGCGCGCAGGGCCUUGCUUGGCUCCAUGCCCAGCUUGAUGCCCCCCGGGCUGCUGGCAGCUGCGGUGUCUGGCCUGGGAGGCCGAGCCCUGACGCUGGCACCCGGCUUGAGUCCUGCCCGUCCACUUUUCGGCUCCGAUUUCGAGAAAGAGAAGCAGCAGAGGAAUGCAGACUGUCUGGCAGAACUGAACGAGGCCAUGCGGGGCCGGGCAGAGGAGUGGCAUGGGCGUCCCAAGGCUGUGCGGGAACAGCUAUUGGCAUUGUCUGCCUGUGCCCCCUUCAAUGUCCGCUUCAAGAAAGAUCACGGGCUGGUGGGGCGGGUGUUCGCUUUCGAUGCUACUGCGCGUCCUCCAGGCUACGAGUUCGAGUUGAAGCUUUUCACCGAAUACCCCUGUGGUUCUGGCAAUGUGUACGCGGGGGUCCUGGCUGUAGCUCGCCAGAUGUUUCAUGAUGCGCUGCGGGAACCCGGCAAAGCCCUGGCCUCGUCCGGCUUCAAGUACCUCGAAUACGAAAGGCGCCACGGUUCGGGCGAAUGGCGUCAGUUGGGCGAGUUACUCACCGAUGGAGUCCGCAGCUUCCGCGAGCCUGCACCUGCAGAAGCUCUGCCCCAGCAGUACCCAGAGCCGACCCCUGCCGCCCUGUGCGGCCCACCGCCUCGAGCCCCGUCCCGGAACCUGGCGCCCACACCGCGCCGUCGCAAGGCUUCCCCUGAGCCCGAAGGCGAGGCGGCUGGGAAGAUGACCACAGAGGAGCAGCAGCAGCGGCACUGGGUGGCACCCGGCGGCCCGUACUCCACUGAGACCCCCGGAGUGCCCUCACCCAUUGCCGCCCUGAAGAAUGUGGCCGAGGCCCUGGGCCACUCACCCAAAGACCCUGGUGGGGGUGGAGGCUCUGUGCGUGCUGGAGGUGCCAGCCCCGCAGCUUCCUCCACCACACAGCCUCCAACCCAGCAUCGCCUGGUGGCCCGCAAUGGUGAGGCAGAAGUCAGCCCCACCGCGGGGGCAGAGGCUGUCAGCGGGGGUGGUAGCGGCACAGGGGCCACCCCCGGGGCCCCCCUGUGCUGUACCCUGUGCCGGGAGCGGCUGGAAGACACCCACUUCGUCCAGUGCCCCUCGGUGCCCGGACACAAGUUCUGCUUCCCCUGCUCCCGGGAGUUCAUCAAGGCGCAGGGCCCGGCGGGAGAGGUGUACUGCCCCAGCGGAGACAAGUGUCCGCUGGUGGGCUCCUCCGUCCCCUGGGCCUUCAUGCAGGGCGAGAUUGCCACCAUCCUUGCUGGAGACAUCAAGGUCAAGAAAGAACGGGACCCCUAAGGCCACCAUUGCCACCAGGCUACUGCCUUUUGUCCUUUUGCCCCCCCUCCAACAGUUGCAGAUAAAUUAUUCCCUCCCCAACCCACCCCAGUGCCACCCCCACCUGUGUACAUACCCCUUCCUCCACCCAGAUGGGUUCCCUGGGGUAGAUGCAUUGUGGGUGGGGGGAGAAAGCUUGUGGCUCCUGUCAGAGGGGGUGCUUGGGGUUCCCAGGCCCCUCCAAUUUCCCUCUCCCCUCCUUGGCUUGGCUUUGCUGCUGCUUGUAGUUGGGGGAGAGGUGCCCCCCUCCUCCUUGAGAGAACCUCCUGAGAACUCGCUCUUUAUAAACGAAGCAAAAGCAUUUUAUUGCCCUCUUCCACCCUUUUCCUUCAAUAAAUCGAAAGAUGGGUUUUUUCCUUC